UUGUUUUCUUUUAUUAAUUUUAUAAUCACCUUUUGCCUUUCCAAAGUGAGAGUUCCACCCCUGCAUGUCCAAAGGCCUUUGUAUAUUUAGCCAUGUUUACCUUCUUCCCCAUAACGUACGUCAUAAGCUUCAAUAAGAACCUCUGACGCAGGAGUUUUGAGCCACCGUGCAUGGCUAAAAAUUUCUCCUGAAGAGCUUCGAUUUGGGUGGAAAAUGCCCUUGCGGGGGAAAAAAGUAUGGAACAUUGUGUACUUCCCUGGAUUGUUGGCUUCAGUUCUCCUUUAUCCUGUUGAACAGGCAAAUGUACAUGUCAUUUUGAACCCUAACCCAGCAUUUCAUUUUAGUAUCAUAUUCAAUAUUACAAGACUUACGUGUACUCCUUUUAUUAUUCUGAAUAGAAACAUGGAGGAAAGUCUUAAAUUCACGGUGGCAUGUGGCGACCUGUUUAAUAUGACCUUGACAAUCAAUCUCUGGCAUGUAGUCGUUUCCGUGGUUGCAGUGGUUAUUGCAGUUAUUGCAGUAAAGGCAAGGCAGUCAAGUGGAGAAAAAAAGAACAGAGAAAGCACAGGCGAAAAGAUAAAGGAGGCGGAAGACAAAGAUGUCCCCAAAAAGAUGGAAGACAAACACGAAGAGACACUGCCAAGUCUUUCCAACUCAGAGGACGCUGGAGAAAUUGCACCAUUAACAGCCCCUAACAAAGGAGCUGGAAGACAAAGUGUUGACCGAGGAGACGAACACGCAUAUUUCCCAGUAUUGAGCAGGUCAAAUUCAUUCUUUAGCGGCCCAUGCAUUGCAGGGAUUAAUGGCUCAAUAGAGGUCACUCAGGGAGAUGGAAGACAAAGAUUUAUCGGAAGAGACGAAGACUUCUUUCCAAGAGCAAUUAGCGGGUCGAGUCCUUUGCCCAUGGACCCGUUCACUGGAAAGUUUAAAAUUGUUUUGUAAAAGACUACACUAAAGUUAGUAAACUGUCUACAUUUCGUUUGUAAAUUGCAAUCUCUUUAAAUGGUCACCCACUUACAUGUACAUGUACAGAGAUUUUGUGAUCUCUAUAAAAAGUCUGUAAAUUUUAGUACAUGUUUGGCUUUCGGAUUGCACAAAAUGUCCAUAAAGUCUUGCUAUUAUUCUUUUAAAUGUUUUGAAAAGUUUACAUAGAUGUUAUGCAAUGUUUAAUUCGCUCUUGCAGAAGGUACACCAAAGAGAUGUUACAACCUUUGUGCCUUUCAAUGGUUUUGUUUUCGCCAGGCCGAUUAACUAGCUGAACAUUCUUUGUAGGUGUUUGUUUACAGACCAACAUUCUCUAGUUAAAUGUGACUUCUGUUUUCACAAGGAAAUUUAACACAGAAUUUAACCCGCUGACCAAGCGAUUCAAAUUCCAAAAGCGCUCAACUUUCCAAAAUACCUGAGAGAGGAAGCGCUGUUAAUGACUUUUCAAACCUUUCUGACUUUUUCCUGAUAAAAAGAAAAUUUCAAUGACCAAAGAAAUACAAAAUGUCAGAUCUAGUAGCGGCUUCCUCUUCCACUCGUUCAUUAAGAGUGAUAAUUUUCAAUAAAUAUUGUUCAGAUCACGUUGACCCCAAUUGUUUCUUCCAGUCGUUAAUGGUAUUGAAUCAACCGUCUUAAAUUAUUUCAAUUUUUCCUGACUUUUCUUUAAAAUAUGAAUUUUCUCAGUAUAGAUACAAGGCUUUACUCGUGGGAUUUAAUUCCAUGGUAUGCCACUGGAAAGCAUUGCAUAACAAGUAUUUAUCUUGUAAUGCCGUCUGAUGUUUGACCAUUUUAUUGUUGGCACGAAUUUUAGGAUAUGUUUGGGAUUUAUUUGAUAUUUGUUUAAUUGGCAUUGUUUUCAAUUGAUAUUAAUUUUACUCAAGCGACAUUUAUUCAUAAUUGAUUAACUCGGUAUUUCAUUCGUUCAGGAAUUUCCCCUGCUAUCGAUAGAACUGAUUAUGACGGGAAAUAUUCCCUGACAUUCUCUCAGUACUUCGGUUUGCUUUUAGGAGAGGGAUUUUCCUAUUUCUAUUAUUGUGGGUUCAUUUCUGGAGAAUAAAAUAUAUUAAUGGUAUUUACUAAACCUUGGUAGUGUGUAAACAAUUGUUAAGGGAUCAUUUUAGGGACUUCUCGUGAAAAUUAUCAAAAGGUGAAUAAACCACCAUGAACAGAAAUAUGUUCUUUUAAGAAAAGUUCAGAGCUCCGUUCUAUGUUUAUUGCACUGACAAUCAAAGGUUAAACGAAAAGAAAACAUCGAAAAGAUGGUAAUAGCUAUUGAAAGAAAUUCGCUUGUGGUUAUUUACUUUUAGAUAAUUGUUAAUGUUUACUCAGAUACUCUUAUCUAGACUAUGAGAGUUUUGUGUUUUAUCGUAGCUAACUGUGUUUCAACAGCUUUUCUUUACGUAUUUCCGUCUGUUUUGGCUUACAAAAGAUUUUACAGCACCAGAACCAUGUUAGAACUGUUCAUAUGAAUGUUCUGGAAUUUGGAUUAUUUUAAGUUUAGUUAACGAUUUUGAGUAGAGAGCUUAAGCACAGACGUUUUUGAGCCACGGACGUCAACCGGAAGUCGAAAGUUCUCCUCUUCGACGCGUAUUACUCCCUUUUCGUUGAAAAUGUCGUGUUGUAAACGCUAAAAUGAGAGCUUUGUAACUCAUUGGUCCGGCAUGAAAACGUGCUUAAAGCAAGAACAUAAACUUCCGAUUGACGUCCGUGGCUCAAAAACGUCUGUGCUUUAAGCUCUCUAAUGUCUUCGGACGACCUACGCUUAACUUCAAUCUUAUGGCUAAACUCUGAGAAACGAUUUAGCUGGACAUAUUCUACAAACUCGUAUUUCCUCCAUGUUUAUUGAGGUUUACUUUAAUCUGCGAAUCAGGCUAGGAGAAACAACCAAACUUCAACGAACUCUAUUUCCGUUGGCAUUUACGUUACCUUCAUUUAGGAAACACACAUUAGCUAAAAUUACAUCCGAAAACGUUAUCUCAGCUGGCGUGCCUCCUGAGAAGUAAUAUCCUUAAAGAUAAAAAUUUACAUUGGGUUGAAUCAAGGUCACACAUUUGUGCAAACUUAUUAAAAUCUUGCUGACCCCUACAUUUCUAUCACCUUCGAGGUCCUUUGUUCUCAAUCCGUGAGUUUAAACUGAAAUUUCCAUGCUCUUUCAAUCUAAAAUUUAAUUCACUUCUCAUCAGGACCUACACCAAGAUCAUAUUUAGCUUUCUGUCUGUUUACCUUCUUUUUUAAGCAUUCCUUUGCAUAGAAAUCUCUUGAAAUAGGAAUUUUUGCAAAGUAAACAUACCAAGAUAUGAUGGUGAAAUCUCUUAUUUUGGGCAACUCGAACAGCUGAAUUCACCUUUUAUGCAUAGCAAAUAUAUUUGAUUUAGUUAGUUUUAGUGAAUUAGGUUUCUCUGACAAAAAUAUGAGUGCAGCUUAUACCACCUUCACUGGUAACUUAUACCAACUUCGCUUGUAACUUAUGCCAACUUCACUGGAAAAAGACUUGUAAAACCUUGAAGACGCUUGGAAGACUUAAAAUACCUCUGUAAACCUGACGAAGAUAUCCAAUAAAGUCUACGCUGUUGUGAAA